UUAAAAGAACAAAUUGUUCUUAAUGCUCACGAAAUUAACAAUUCAAAUCCCAUGGAAAAACUACAAUUACAGCGGACGGCACACAGUAGUGAAAUUGAUACGGAUUUUCUUUCUCCGCGGAGGAUGGCUGAAGUAAUGAGGAAUUAGUUCAGGUAUCAUAUGUAUCAGGUGGACAAUUUCCAUUUACAUAUGUUCAAACGUUAUGGGGAGUAAGAAGUUAUUUCUUAGACUUAGUUUUAAUUGAAUCGAGCUCGCGGAAGCAUCGGAAUAUAAUUUUGUUACCAUAGAAAGAAGAAACAAACGAUUCAGGUGUCAGUUGAAUUUUUUGAAAUGUUUUGAGUGUGUAAAAGUGUUCACUGUUAGCAAAUAAAUAGAAUAGUUUCGUUUGGACCAAUAAAGUGUGUUUAAGUACUUUUCACUACAUCGAAUCGGACAACAUACCUGACUACCGUAAUCUUGGAUACCUGAAUUAAAAAAUUCCCUUGAAAUGGCAUCAACGGAACGGACGCCAUUAACAGCACAGCGACCUGCGGGACCGGCAUACGUCUUUCCAGGAGUAUCACCACGUAGUAGAAGACGACAAAUUCGCCAAUUUCAAUGUUGCAUGUGCUUUUUGUUCUCCUUAAUCGUAGUUUUGGCUAUUAUACUGGCCGUUAUUUAUACAGCUUCAGAACAAGAAGAAUUACCAAAAGUCAAUGACCCUGGAUCACAGAUAGCCGUAAAACUUCCAGUUGUGCCCUUAAAUGAUUCACAACUGACAGAGUUACUACUAUCUGAGGAUUACCCACUUGAAGAUGAACCAAUAACAAACUGGGGCUUACCGAAUCCUUUGAUGACGCUUCUGGUUGAAUCAGAAAGAUACGGAAGGAAAAUGCUCGGAGAUAGAGAACUAAUGGAAGAGAAUAUAAAUUCAGUUCCUGUAAAUAGCCCAUCAUAUCGUCACCAAAGGGCGAUUGGUACUUCAGCCGAAGCAAGAAAAUUUGCUAAAAGAGGAUACGUCGAGUCACAAGCUACACAUUAUUUGGCAAAGAAACUCAACUAUACAAAAAAGAACGAGAGAAGUAAUGUUGGAGAAGGCCCGGAAAUAAUAUUGUUGGAUACUAAUCCAUCUGUUAAUUGUAAGAAAUUUACGCGGUAUAGGGCUGCAAAUGGUACUUGUAAUAAUAGAAAGCACGCUAUGACGUGGGGUACUGCUAUGCAACCAUUUAGAAGGAUCCUCCAGCCUGAUUAUGCAGAUGGUGUAUCCGCCCCUCGAGAAUCACAUUCAAACAGAAGUUUACCCUCAGCUCGUCAAGUAUCUCUUGAAGUACAUCGUCCUUCAUAUAGCACGGAUCCGAACUUCACAGUUAUGCUAGCAGUAUGGGGGCAGUUUUUGGACCAUGAUAUAACUGCUACGGCAUUGACUCAAGGGGCAGAUGGUGCUCCUAUUGACUGUUGUGUCGAAAAAGAGCAUCUGCAUCCAGAAUGCUUUCCAGUACCUUUAGGAACAGGCGAUCCCCAGUAUGAUAAUAAUAAUAUGACAUGCAUGAACUUCGUUAGAUCUGCUGCAGCACCAACUGGGAAGUAUGGACCCCGACAGCAGUUAAACCAAGUGACUAGUUUUAUUGAUGGUUCGGUAAUAUACGGGAGCAAUGAAGAACGGCAGAGAGCCCUACGAGAAAUGAACGGAGGUUUACUCAGAAUGUUUGUAACACCAGAUAAUCGUACGCUUUUACCGAUUUCAACGGAUCCGAACGAUGGCUGUAAUGAAGUUGAGAUGAAUGCCCAGGGAAAAUAUUGUUUCGAAGCUGGUGAUGCUAGAGCUAAUGAGAAUCUUCAUUUGACUUCCAUGCAUCUGUUGCUCGCACGGCAUCAUAAUUACUUAGCAUCAAAUUUAAAUGCUCUAAAUCCCCAUUGGACUGAUGAAAAACUAUUCCAAGAGGCGAGAAAAAUUUUAGGGGCACAGAUGCAGCAUAUAACUUAUAACGAAUUUCUUCCUAUAAUUCUGGGAAAUGAAAUAGCAAAGGCUAGAGGUCUUUCACCUAAGUCUUCGAAGGGAGGAGAUCUUUAUCAGGAACAUAUAAACCCUUCGAUUGCUAAUGGUUUCGCAGCUUCAGCUUUUCGAUUUGCACAUACACUUUUACCGGGUUUAAUGCGGGCGUCUCGAAAUGAUACUUCCGAAGACUACAUUCUUUUGCACAAAAUAUUAUUCAAUCCCUAUUCUCUAUGGAAUGAUGAAGGUGUUGAUGCUGCUCUAAAAAGUGCUGCAGAUACUCCAAUGGCGAAAUCAGAUCAGUUUUUCAGCUCUGAGCUGACUCAAAAGCUAUUCGAAGGGUCUGUCAGCUUAAAACCGCCCAAAAGGUGCUGUGAACCCGGUUUGGAUUUAGUAUCAUUGAACAUUCAGCGUGGACGUGAUCACGGUUUACCAGCAUAUCAUGAAUGGCGAAAACAUUGUAAACUACCUGAUGCCGAUACCUGGGACACGAUGAGUAAUGCAUUCAGUGACAUGUCACUGCAAAGUAUGAAAAACGUUUAUAACGACCCGAAAGAUGUUGAUUUUUAUUGCGGUGCACUGAGUGAACCUCCUUUGGAAGGUGCUGUUGUUGGGCCGUCCUUAGCCUGUAUAGUUUCCGAUCAGUUUUGGCGAAUUAAAUAUGGCGAUUCGCAUUGGUAUGAAAGGACAGAAGGACCUCAAAGAUUUACUGAAGAUCAGUUGAAACAAAUUUACAAAACGACCCUGGCGCGAUUAAUGUGCACAAAUUCCGAUCAUUUAGAAGAUGUACAAGUAUUUGUGAUGAGAAAAUCAAACACCUUUUCAAAUCCAAUUGUUCAAUGUUCAGAGCUUGAAGAGUUCGAUUUUUCUCCAUGGAAAAGUACGAAAACUAUUGUUAAAGUUUCAACGGCGCAUCUUUCAUCUAAGAUACGGAUAAUCCAUAAAAAUAUAACAUUGCAAGAAAAUACUACCAUGAAGACGCUAAUUUAGAUUUUAUUUAUGUGUUAGGUAAUAUUAAGUACGAUAUUCUAGUAAUAAUAAUAUGUAUUUUCGGUGUUUUUCAAUAACGGAAAUAAAUUCUACAAACUUCAUUUUUGGCCUU